UCUGUGGCUGUAUUACGUCACGUCAAUGACACGAUAAAAGGACACGCAUCUCGUUCGUCUUCUUAUGAAUCUUGCUGCUGGUCUAUACGAAGAAACAAGCGACGGACUAAAUUGAGCCAAAACACCAUUUCUCUUUGGAGUGUUGCAGUAUGCAGCGAAACCGAUAAUCUGUACAUUCAGACCCGCGCAUUAAUCGUCUCGCUGUUUAUUUGCCCUACCCGUUUACUUUUACAAUGUGCGCGUGGAGGCGCGCGGCGUGAAGAAGCGCAUCAGAAGAGCUCGAGGUCUUUCAGAGACGUCCAGUGGAUAACUAACUUAAAGUCUGACAACUCACUCGAACCUGGAAAGUCUUUAAAGUCAUAGCUAUGGUAAACAGCCAGGUUACAGGCGGAGCGUGUGUGUCCAGAUCGUGCGCGGGAUGUGGGGGUCGCAUCGCUGACCGCUUCCUGCUCUUUUCCAUGGAUCGCUACUGGCACACGCGUUGCCUCAAGUGUUCAUGCUGUCAGGCUCAGCUGGGAGAUAUCGGAACCACCUGCUACAGCAAAGGAGGCAUGAUCCUCUGCAGAACAGACUACAUCAGGUUGUUUGGGCACACGGGUGCUUGCAACGCAUGUGGUCAGUCCAUACCAGCCAGUGAAAUGGUCAUGCGAGCACAAGGCAAUGUCUAUCACCUUAAGUGCUUCUCCUGUGCCACAUGCAGAAACCAGUUGGUCCCCGGUGACCGCUUUCACUAUGUUAACGGCACCAUAUUUUGCGAACACGACCGACCAGGAGCCCCACUUCUUAAUACUCAUCUGCAGAGUAACCCAGUGCUCACAGAUCAGAAAGUUUGCUGAAGGGCUCUUCCUCUCUCUGUUCACCACUUCAGUGUCUCACUGCAGCUUCAUUCAACAGCACACACUUCUCCUUUGAUGCACUUACAUCUUUACAGCCCAAAUUUACAGACCUAAAUUGAAAGGUACUGCAUAGCCACAUAAUCUUUGAGAGGGAGUAUGGGCUGUAAAAGUAACAUGUCUGGUUGCUCUAAUAUGAUGGACUCUGCAUUACUUCUCAUGAUGAGAUAUAUCGUGACUUUGUCUCUCUCCCGUCACCCCCGAAACAGAACUAACACAUAUACUUGUCACAGGAUAUCCUGUCUAACUAACGUCAUUUUAAAUAUUCAAUAUGCAUUAUUUACAACCCCUUUUUAGUUUUGUAAUAUGAUUUCAAAGUAAAAACAAUAACGUUCACCAGUCCACCAAUAAGUAAUGAGACCAGAAACAUGUAUUUUUUAUUUCAUAGGAAAAUUUUGAUUUCACGGUGACUUUAUUAACAUGUAACGUCAAAAACAGAAUAACUAUAAAAGAUCUUUGUAUAUCUUAUGGACAUCAUUCAGAGUGUCGAAUUGUAAAUAUGUUUUUAUACGCGUCCUCUCUGUAAUGGUUGAAUUAUCUGCUCAACAUGUGAUGUCUAUUUAAGGUGUAAUUAUCAAAUAAAUGAAAAAUACAACAAAACCCA